CUCCGCUGCGCUGUGGAGCUGCGCUGGGCUGCCCGCUGCUCUGGCGUGGGGACCUGCCGCGACUCCCCGUCUUUAUGAGGAAGCGCUCUGCGCUAACCAGGCUAAUGCUAGCGCUAGUGCUACACGCCACCCGCGGCGCACCGCACAUGCUAACAGCUCGCUGAAGGGAGGAAGGAUGUCUGACUGAGACUUGCGCCAGGACAACUGCCGGUUCCAUUUCUGCCCCCCCCCCCCCCCCCACACCGCUCCUGCACCUCUCCUCCCCACCCCACCCGACACCCUCGGCUCUCUUUUCUCAAACGCUUGAGAAAGCAACUGGAUGGUGUACAGGAAAGCAAACCCAGCCGCUGGUGCAUUAUGGGUACGACUGCUAGUGCAGCACCGCAGCCAGUGUCACUAGCCCCUCCACACCAAGGUGUCCAUGGCAACGGGAUGGCCGACAACAGGCGAUCGCUGAGCAUGAACUCCUUCCAGACAGUCAGCAUUCACAACAACAAGGCCAAGUCCAUCAUCACCAAUAAGGUGGCCCCUGUUGUUAUCACAUAUAAUUGCAGACAGGAAUUUCAGAUCCAUGAUGACGUCCUCAGAACGAAUUACAAAGUCGGGCGAAUUUCAGACACGAUGCCUGAACACUACCUGGUGCAGGGGACAUACUUCAUGGUUCAGGACGUGUACGGCAAGGCGGACGUCUUAAACACUACGGGCAGCUAUGGAGCCCCAAACUUCCGGCAGGCCAGGGGGGGGUACCCCCUGUUUGGAAUGGGCCAGCCCAGCCUGGCCGGUUUUAAGCAGGUGCUCCAGAGGCUGCAGGGAGAGGGACAUCAGGAGGUUCUGUUCUUCUGUGUCCGGGAGGAGCCGGUCGUGUUCAUCCGCCGGGAGAAUGACUUCGUGCCGUUCGCUCCCAGGAAGAAGGAGAAUCUGCACGAGAACCUGAGCGGCCUGGAGACGGGCGUCACUGCAGAAGCGCUGGAGCUCACCAUCAGGAAGGAGUUGUGCGACUUUGCGAAACUCAACGAGAACGUGUACUACGUCUACAGCGACAUCGAGCACUUCAAAGACCAGCCCCAGCACAUCUCCAUCGCCUGUGAGGAGGACAUCCACGUCACGGAGGAGGUUUACAGGAGACCAGUUUUCACCCUGCCGUCCUACAGGUAUUACCGGUUACCACUGCCUGUGGAAGGUGCUCCCCUUGAAGAGGAGUUUGAUGCCUUUGUGAACAUUCUCAGGGAGAACCCAAACCUGCUGCUGACACGGGAUGGGUCCAGACCCCUCCCCGCCCUGGUCUUCAGCUGCCAGGUGGGAGUGGGACGCACCAACCUGGCCAUGAUCCUGGGCUCUCUGGCUCUGUACCGACUGCGAGGCUCGCCUGAGGAAGCCAGAGCGGGUGAUGCUGGCGGUUCGACGCCAAAGCCUCUUUUCCGGGUAAUCGAGGCCUUAAUCGGCAAGCUUCCUGACGGCCCGCAGGUCCUGGAGGAGGUGAACAGGGCCAUUGACCAGUGCUCAGAGAUGCACGACAUUAAAGAGGCCAUCUACGAGAACAAGAGGAAGCUGGAGGGCAUCGGAGAGGAUUACCAGAUUCAAGGAAGCAGCACCAAACAGUAUUUCCUUCAGAGGACUCUGCAGAGUUUGGAACGCUACUUUUACCUGAUAGCCUUCAAUGCAUAUCUUCAUGAUCAGUACCCUCUUGCCUUUGCGUGUAGCUUCAGCAGGUGGAUGUGCGCUCGGUCCUGGAUGUACAGGCUGCUCUCGUGCAUGAGCGUGUCGGAGCUCUCCGCCCCGGCGGACCUGGUCACCAGGGGCGUGCGUGUGCUGGUGGCCAACGAGUUCCUGGCUCCGGACGUCCUGAGCACGGGCAAGGAGAUGAAGGUGGCCAACUUCCGCAGGGUGCCCAAGAUGCCGGUGUACGGCAUGGCCCAACCCAGCACCGAGGCCACGGGGACGGUGCUGGCGUACCUGACGGACGAGAAGAGGAGGCACGCGCGGGUGCUGUGGGUGAACCUGCAGGAGGAGCUGGUCCUGGAGGGGAACGGCCAGGUCUUCACCCCCCGAGAGCCGUCCUGCCCGGAGCAGCCCAUCCCCGUCCUGACCAGCCACGCGGCGCAGAUCGAGGUGCUGGAGACGGCGGUGAAGGAGGAGGUGCUGCAGGCGCAGAAGUGGCUGGAGGUGACGCUGGAGCAGGAGAAGCAGAUGAAGAUGUUUAAGAGCUGUGUGACCGUGCAGGAGACCUUCAACCAGCACAAGAGCGUGCACGAGGGCCUGGUGUACUCGCGCAUCCCACUGCCUGACUGCUGCGCACCGCAGGAGGAGGACUUUGACAGGCUGAUGGACGCGAUGAAGAGCGCUCUGGCGGAGGACUCGCACACGGCCUUCGUCUUCAACUGCCUCAACGGCAAGAGCAGGACCACCACCGCCAUGGUGACCGCCACUCUCACCCUCUGGCACUUCAAUGGUUUCCCCGAGUUUGGCGAUGAUGAAAUCGUCAGUGUUCCUGAUGCCAAAUACACGAAGGGAGAGUUUGAGGUGGUGAUGCAGCUGGUCAGGCUGCUCCCGGAUGGCCACCGUAUGAAGAGGGAAGUGGACGUGGCUUUGGACACGGUCAGUGAGACCAUGACCCCGAUGCAUUACCACCUGCGUGAGAUCAUCAUCUCCACCUACAGACAGAUCAAGCCGGGGAAGGCAGAGCAGGAGACGCAGCAGCUGCUGCUGAAGAGCCUGCAGUACCUGGAGCGCUACGUUUACCUCAUCCUCUUCAACACCUACCUGCACCUGGAGAAGAAGGACGCCUGGCAACGGCCCUUCAGCGCCUGGAUGUACCAGGUGGCUGCCAGGGCUGGGGUCUAUGACAUCCUGAACCAGCUGGGCUUCUCCGAGUUCGAAGACCCGAAGGACCGGCCUGUCGCCAGGCUGCGUUGCCGCUGGCAACCACAGCACGUCCGCAGCCUUCCGUUCAGGGGGGACUUCAUCUGA